AUGUCUUCCACCACACAGACAGUCUUUCGCCUGACUUCGCGAACCGGAGUGGGCCAUAUACAAGCAUACCAGGAGCCCAUACCGACCGCCGGUGAUCAUGAAGUUCUCGUGAAGAUCAAAAGUGUCUCGAUCAACUAUCGCGAUAUUGCUAUCCAAACCAACACGUAUCCACUGGAGGUCACCGAGAAUGUCAUCCCUUGCUCUGAUCUUGCCGGCGAAGUGGUCCAAGUCAGCAGCAAGGUCAAGAACUUUGCUGUUGGGGAUACCGUAAUCGCUACAACCAGCCCAACCCAAUAUGGAGUGGUUAAAGACAAUGGACAGGUUCUUGGAGGCCCGGUAGAUGGAGCACUUAGAGAAUACAUCGCCCUACCUGCGAACCAGCUGGUGAAAGUUCCCAAAUCUUCUCACACAUUUACUGAUUGGGCUGCCGUCCUGAGCACCGGUGUAACGACAUGGAAUUGCUUUUACGGUGGCCUGCCUUUGAAGCCGGGACAUACAGUGCUUGUUCAAGGCACCGGAGGAGUUGCACUGACCGCUCUCAUCAUCGCAAAAGCUGCUGGUGCAAAAACGAUUGUAACUUCAUCUAGUGAUGACAAGCUCAAGAUCGUCCAGGACAAGUAUGGUCCCGAUUACACAAUCAACUACAAGACCCAUCCCAAUUGGGGGGAGGAAGUGCAGCGCAUCACAGAUGGCCAGGGAGCUGAUCAUAUAAUCGAGAAUGGCGGUAUAGGCACCAUUCGACAAAGUAUUGAGGCCGUGGCAAAGGGAGGGAUAAUUUCUUUGGUUGGGUUCUUGACAACCUUACCACAGGAUCAGGUUCCGGAUGUGACAAUUCUGGCCCUCAGUAAGGGCGCGACCCUCCGCGGGAUUCUAGGGGGCUCAAAGCAGCAACUGGAAGAGAUUGCACUGUUUGUCGGCAACCACAAUUUGCCUGUGCCAGUUGACAAAGCGUUCCAGUACAACCGCGAGGAUAUUGUUGCUGCCAUGCAGUAUGUCGCAUCUGGAAAGCAUAUGGGAAAGGUGUGCAUCAAUUUGGAUUAG